AUGGUGAAUUUAUAUCAGGCUAAGAGCACCCGGAUGCCUUUAUCGACGACGUCAGCUAGUUUUUCCAACGAAGACGUCGAUUCGGUUCUCUUAGAUUACGCCGAAAAAGAAAGCGAACUGAUCAUUAAAGAAGCUCUAGCUAAAGCUUAUUCUGUGAAAAGUGAAGUUGGCAACGCGCGGGUUUUUGGUCACCAUGCAGACGAGAGGUUGAUUCGCUGGCCUGCUUCCCCGCCAGGUCGAUUUUUCCGACCUGAAGCUUCAGAUGUUUUGAAAGAUUUUUAUGAUGGUAAUGGGGCUUCUGUGAAUAAACUUUUGAGCCACUCGGAAGUUGCUAUCGUUAUGUACUAUGCACCAUGGAGCCUAGAAUCAAGACAGGCUAGACCAGUGUAUGAAAUAGUCGCUAGAAGCUUUUCUUCCAAUCCACAGCUUUCUUUUUUUGCUGUAAAUUGUUUCGUUGCUCAAGGAGAAUGUAGAAAAACGUACAAAGCUCAUGCUUUUCCUAUCAUCGUUGCUUAUAUUGGUAGACUGCCGUUGAUGUACCACAGUGAAAUUACGCCCGAUUUUCUUUUCAAUUGGGUCUCUUAUUUACUAAAGCCAAUGGUUCGAUUGACAAGUCGUCGUGAUGUAGAAGAGUUUGUGGCUCGAAAUGAUUUUUCGGCAGUAGCCUAUUUUUCUGAUAAAGCGCUUUUGAGGGAGACUUCACGAUUUCGGAAAUAUCUGGCAUCAUCUUUGUAUGUUGCCCAGUACGACGACUUAAUAAGUAGGACUGCUUUUGCUGUUCUGACUGAUCCGGUUACUGCGUUAUACUUGAGGUUUUCUUACGACACUCAGGUUAGGUUGUACCAUUGGCACAGUACCACCAAUUUUCCUGAGGACAAAAAUUAUACUGGUUCUGCAAUUGCUGAAUGGAUUAAGGAACAGGCUCAUGAUGAACAUUUGGUACAUUGGAUUGUUCCGGGUAAUAAAUGUAAUCAAAGUGAUCUUGGGAAGACCGAGCAGUUCUCUUCAAUUAUUACGCAAUUCCCGACAGUCGUAUUGUUUACCACGAGAGAGCCGCUGUAUCAAGAACAGUCGGAUUACUCUAUUAUGUCCCAGCUGAUUAGCAAUGGUGUUUUCAAACUAAUGUUAAGAGAUCAUGCUUUACGCAGUUUGGUCGGUUCGAGUGACGCUGCCAAUAGAGUUUCGCCAAUGAUAAGGCAGUUCUUCUAUCUCGAUUAUCUGUCACAUCUUUAA